GGUGCUCAGAGGCCCUGAUCGGUCAGUUGGACACUGUCCACGUGGGAGGUCUCUGGACCGUUGUGACCCGACCACGCCCACUCUGGGCUGGUGUCUCCAGGAGAGGGGGCGGGUCCGCCCUCUGCAGACCACCGAGUGUCUUGGAGCAAGUUCUCAGCCUCUCCGAGACGAGGCAAGGAAACACAUCAGUGCUUCAGACAGAGGGGGCUUGACUCGGGGGCCCCACGGGGCCGCUGGGCCAAACCGCCAUGAGGGGCCACCCACCGGCCUCGGGGGACAAAAGGGAAGACACCGGAGCUCAAGGAUGGCCCCAGGGGCUGGUACUCAGACCCCGGCACGAGGGGGCACUUUGUGGCCGCGGGCACCUCUGGGGACAGGAAGGUUCUGGAAUUGCUGAGAGAAGCCAGGGCUGGGCAAACCCCACCCAAACCACAGCGCCGCUUCCAGCAGCCCCUCUCCCCGCAGCCGCCGGGACCCCCCCUUCCAGGCUCCAGGGAGGAGCACACACCGCGACCCCCAGCCGGGUCCCAGGGCUGGGAGCAGACACAGUGGAAAGGCCCGGGGGUGGGGCGGGCCAGGCGGGUGGGGGUCCCCAGGCCCAGCUCGUGCCCCAACCCCGCUGCUGCGCCCCGCUCUUCCUCUGCAUUUUUACCCAGGAAGGGACUCCCGACAGCCACAUCUCCGUAACCGGCUCAGGGUCCCCAGGGGCUUCCACCCCACCUACGCGAGGCUCUCGCCACCCUCCGAGGACCCCGUCAUGGACCUCCUCGACUGCCCCCCGGAGAGUUCUUCCGCUUCCGUGCCUGGCUCAGGUCAUCCCCGCCCUCCGCCCCCUGCCUGAGCCCCGAGCUGCUCGGCCAUUGCCUGGACAAAUGCCGCCGGCCACUCCCUCCCCAGCACACUGGCUGCAAGGACCCCAAUCCCACAGCCACCUGCCGGACUCCAUAACCACUCUUGGCUGCGUUCCAGACUCCUGCCCUGUCUGUGUGCUGCAGAGGGGUCGGCGCUGCCCUCUCACCUGGGGGUCAGCGGCCCUUCUCCCGAUUGCCAACCCCCGUCACCCUCGGGGCGGCCAGUGGUGGCCGAGGGGGGCUUGUUUGUCCUGGGAGCCGAGACCGCAGGCUCGCCCUGCCCCUGCCCCAAGAAGGUUCUGGCAAGGCCCUAGGAAGGGAACCCUGCAGGUGUGAGGAGCCUGGAGGGGGCUGGGGGGGCAGAGGCCCCCAGUUGCUCACCUCUCCCUGGGUGCGGGUCAGGGAUGGCGGGGUGGGGACGCCCCUCAGAAGUCUCCCCAGGACCCUCCUGGGGGCUCACUCCCUCACCCCCCCUCAGCAGACCCUCCAGCUUCCUGGGACCUAAAAGCUACACCACGCUGCAGUACCCCGCGCUGCACCCCCUGCUCUUAUGCCCUUAUUUCUUUAAAAGUGAUUUAUUUCAAUAAAUGGA